ACCCACUCACCUGAUCAAAAUAAAAAUGAUGUCAGAUGUCAAAACAUGAAUGCAUCUGGUCAGAUGUAAAAAGUCGACAACCUUUAUUGACCAGAUUUUCCAUUAUAUUCAGUUUGGCUUGUAAAUAAGCGGUGAAUAUAAUCUUGCAACCAUGGAAGAAAUUCACCUACUUGUGCAAGAUGAGGGCCUUUCCAAAAAUGCUAUCGCCUUCCAUGUCCCUGUGGAGAAUUUAAUGUCACCCCAACCUGACUCAGACCCUGUCAAAGUCUUGAAAAAACCUCCCGCUACGCCAACUCGACUGGACCAGAAAAAAGAAAUUGAUCCAAAGCGGUCGAAGAGGAAUUCAGAAUGUCUUGGGCAAGGCUGUCGAACACGUUCUGCUUCAGCAGGGCGAGACAAGAAAUCAGAAAUGCGAGAUGUCUACUGGAGCAUGCUGGUGAGAAAUUUUACAAGAAUGAUUGAAGAUGUCUUCCAAACUUGUGAAAAGACAGACAGCGUUCCUCACUGCCAAAGUAUUGUCCUUAUUUUGGAAAACUCGUUACGGGACUUCAAGAAUCUUGUUUCGUGGAUGGAGCUUAAGUGGAAGUAUGAAAAUACACCUGUGAAGGAGAGACCUAAAUCACUAGCUUGGGAAGUCAGAAAGUCCAGCCCGUGCACUAUUAAUCGAUCCCCAAGUGAAAAUUAUUGGACCCCUGAAGAGAUGAAGAAAUUCGAGAGCUUCUCAAAAACCAAGACUCCAAAUAGAAACCUCAACUUUAACUCGUCCGAGUUUGAAAAUGCGCUGAAGGAAAUCAGAGCUGCUGAAAACGAGAAAGACAAGCAAGAAGUGGCAAAGGAAGAUGGACCUCCGGAGCCCUCCAUCUCUGAAAACAGCUCGGUUGUCAUUGGUGACGCCACCUUUCCCUCAGUAUCUUCUCAAACUGACCUCGAAGAUGAAGCUGCAACUGUCAGCGAAGAGUUUGAGGUCACGCCUAUUAAAAUGGAGGGCAGUUGUCAGACUGACGAAAUUGACCUGGAGAGUCUUGGUCCAUUGGAAACCACCAAGGAAGAGGAAAAGCUAAAAGUUCCUCCUCGGCCUGCACUUGUGAAGCCAACCGUGGCCUCUUCUUUGAGCCAAAGAGUCCCUUCGAAACCUGCAGGCAGGGGCAGAGCUAUGCCUGUGACGCCCACAGCUCCUCAACUCCGAACAGCCCGGAGCAUUUCAGACUCCAGGAGCAACGCCUUGUCCUAUCCGAUAAGAACCCAAGUUAAGCGCCCUGUUGAUCUGAAACCGUUUCCAACCUCAGCACCGGCAGUUCGGACGAAUCCUUCUCGUUUGGGAAUCACCACUGCUUCCACUUUACCAAGUAAGCCUAACUUGGGUCUGGUUCGAGGGGUCAGGAGCAAAUUGUCAGAUAUCGACCAGCAGAAAUUUGUGGGCCGACAGAACCAAGAGUUUGAACAUCCAGAGCUUGCAGAACGCAGCAAUUCUAGCAGCUCAAUAAACAGUUCCUCCAGUAGGAGCAGCUGGGCCGACAAAGUCAAAGGUCCGUUGAGCGCACUCGCAACAACAACCGAAGUUCGUUCUGUUGAAGAUCUCUUACUUAAGUCUAAAGACGCCACAUCACCUGAAGACGAAGGAUGGAAAAUGGUCAAGACCCGCUCUCGCCUCAAAAUUUCGCCUGCUGGGAAAGUAGACAAUCUGAGGAGAAGCGCUACCAUCAUCAAGAGCAGCCAAGACCUGAAUUCAAAAUCAAAUUUGUUCCCUAAGAACAGAUUCAAUCAACCGUCUUCAGCUCGGUCUCUGCCCUCUCUGUCCCUGAAUUUGGGAGAGAAAAGUGAACCUGCUUCCAAAAAGCCAAUUUCGAGAGCACAACUUACCAAGCCAGAGAGGAAAACCGCACCAAGUGUCACAAAACAAGCAGCAAAACCAAAGUCUUCUGAAAUGAAGAGUCCCAAAAAUACAGCAAAUCCAAGAAUCUCCAAAGAAUCCCCCUCCGAAAAACCUGAAGAUAAGAAAAAAGAAGAGAAUGUUGAGAUGUCUGAGGCAGUUCUCCUCAUGCCUGAAGCUAAUUUACUCAAUGGGAAAGUCAGUCCAGUCAUGUCUGAAUGUGAAGCUUCACCAGAACAUGCUGCCAAAAGUGAAAAAGGCGAUUCAGACAGGGAAGAGGAAGAAAAGCUCAACAGAGAAACUGAAGAAUUGAACCAGGAGGAGGCAAGACUUGAAAGAGAAAUCAAGGAGCUGCAAACAGAGUAUGAUGACAUGGAAUCUAAACCAGUUGAUUCACAUUCAAACGAGGAUGACGUUGAGAUUACCGAUUGGUAUGAACUUUGUGAAAGAGAAAAUCAAAGUGAAUCAUUGCAAGCUUUAGAUGAAGUAAAAGAUUUGGCGUCUCACCCUGAGCGAAUCAUAGACCUUCAUCAAAAACUGUCCUCACCUUCAAGACGAAAGAUUAAUAACGAGAAGACUUUUUUGGAAAAGCAAGAGAGCGCUCAUGAAAAAAGGCAGAAGUUCUUAGAGGAGUACAAAAAGAAAAUCCACGAGCUUGACAAAAAGAUUCAAGAAGUGCAAGUGGCAAAAGAACUCAAUAACACGCUGAAAAGGGAUAAAAUUCAACAAAAAUUGAAGCGAGCAGAUGAAAUUCGCAAUAGGUUAUUGGAAGAGAAAAAGCGUAAGGCGCAUGAUGAAGAAGAAAAAGGCAAGGAGAUUGCUUUCAUAGUAUCUUUGGAGGCGCAGAACAAGCGGCACGACUACUUUGUACAAAAACAGGAAGAGGAGGAUAGGCUCCAAGGAAUACACGAAGAGAGGCAGCGAAGACAGGAGGAGAAAGCGGCCAAGAAGGCUGCUGCGGAGGAAAGAAAGAAAAAUUUAGAUGCGGAAAGACUGGCCAAAGCCGAGAAAAUAAUGGAAAAGUGGAGAGUGACAGAGGAGCGGAUAGACAGAGAGCAGCAAGAGAAAGAGAAAGAAAGGCUUGAGCAGGCCCGAGAAAAAGCUAGGGAUCGCGAGGAACGGCAAAAGGCCAGGGAAGCCACGCAAAGAGCAACUCAAGAAGAAUUGAAAAUUAAAAUUCAGGCCAAGCAAGAGGAGUCUGCGAACAGACGAGAAGAAAAUUUGGAGCAGAUCAAGCAAAGGGCUCUCGAGUGCUGCUUUUUCCGCACAGAUGUUGCGCCACGACUUGCGCCUUACGAAACUCACAAGCUGUGCACUCUUUGCAAUGUUUGGAUUGGGUCUGAUGUGUAUUUGGUGAGUCAUCUUAGAGGCCGGCAACACCAACAAGCUGUUAAAAUGCAACUCGGUGGCAAAGAUGUAAGUCGAGAAGAAUUGGAAGUGUUUAGCCUGAAGCACAUUGAAGAGGCUCCUGCAAACAGCACAGAUACAAAAUUGGAGCUGGACAAGGAACGACAGAGGGCGCUCAAGAAGAAAUUCAAAAAGAUUCGUUUGAGGAUGAUAGCAAAGGGACAAGAGUUUGAAAGCAGCAGAGUAGCAUCAGCAAUACCAGACUCACCAUCAAAGUCGAGAAUCCAGAAAUGCCUCAAGGAUAUUGAGAGACUCUUCAAUGCUCAGGGGAAGGGUUUGUGGAGUGACCCUGCCAUCACUUCUCUGGAAAGGGCUUUGUCGGAAAUCUGCCGAAUUUUUGAGAAAAAGAUUCCUUCCGACAAACUUGUCUUCCUCAAUUUGGGAGGCAUUAACUUUCUGUCGGACUUACUUGCACUGGCCAUGGAGAGCUCAGCAGGAUCUCCACUUUUUAUUCCAAUCAAGUGCUUCAUGACACUUUGCAAUGCAUUUACUCUAGGAUGCACAAACUCUGAAAACAACUGCCGCUACGUUGUUCUGAGCAAUAAAAUCAGUGCCAUCAUGGACCUUCUUCUUCACAGAUUGACCAACACCAUUCCUCAAAAACCUAGAAGUGGAUCUUCUUUGGCUAUUUGCACGGACAACUUUGCGGGUUCUUUAAUGAAUCUGCUUGGAAUGAUCUUGGAGCAAGCUGUGCCGGGAGCAGUGAACCAGAGCGAUGAUCAGUUUGUUCCGCGCCUGCAAGAUGUUGUGAGCUAUGCUGUGUGCAUGGGUUUGUUGGAGAAGUUGGCCGCGUGCUGCAGCUCGGUCCGAGAUCCGAUCGACGACGACCCAAGCAGCGCCGCUUUUCUGCUUUCCACCCUUCGCCUCCUGAGAUCUCUGGUCGCUUGUGCCAGGACAGGUGGAAGCGGUGCCAUUAGGCAAGACGUGUCCCAAUUAGGGGCCACCCUGCGAAUAACUGAGUUGAUGGGCGGCGUGUCCAUGUUGUACGGGAUGCUUUUGCACCAGGGGGCGCCGCCUAGGACCGGUUCGGCGCCGCCACCCCCUCUUCCGGCGCACACGGUGUCCGUGGCCGUGGAGACGCUGCGGCUGCUGCAGGAGGUGGCCGAGAUGGACCUAAAUCUCUUCCAGGGCGUGCUGGGCGCAGAAGGGAUGUCGCUGCAGUUCCGCCACUUGGCCAGCUACCUCCUCUGGGCCUGCAGCAACGUGGAAACGCAGGAGUACGAGGAGUUGCUGCAGGGGGUCAUCAGGAUCGUUGGAUUCUUUGCUGUCAGGAAUCAUGACAAUCAGACGACGAUUCAGUCAGGUUUCACUCCGACGGUUCUCCAGCAGUUAUGCAACCUGCCUAUCCAGUACUUCAGCGAAGAGCGUCUGUCCGCCGUCCUUCUGCCCACCCUGCUUGCCUGCUGCUGGGAAAAUGCCGAAACCAGAGCCGUCCUCGAGCAAGAAGUUGGUUUUGAGAUGUUGCAGAGUUUCAAAGUUUCCGAGGCCGGCCAGAAAGACUCGAUUGUCAUCUUGCUGGACAGUCUGGACCCCAGCAAAGUCGAGUCGAAAAGCAACAAAACCUAAGCACAAAAUGAAAUCUAUUCUCUUUUACUCUAACACUUAACAUGAGAUUGCAUUCCAUACGUUACUUAAUUGUUGGCAACUCUGCUGAUUACCAUAAUUAACCAAAUUUUUAGGACCACUCAGUUCUAGUUCCUUGAAGACUGAUGAGAUUAUGUUUAUUACUUAAAAUGCUUUUGAGACUAGCACACUGAUUGUUUAGAAAUUAGGUUUUUGAUUUUAUUUCAGUCAAUCUCUACUCAAAUACUAAUUGUGAUAAAAGAGAUAAUUAUAGCACUUCAAUUAAUAAAACUCAAUUCGUAC